AUGGGAACAACAAGCAUUGGCCUUCAUCGGUCGGUAGAAUCGGAUUCGACUGGUGAAUGGUCCCGAUUGUACCUUUCCCCAAGUUGGUGUCCGGAUCUGAUUCUGCUCUUCCUCGAUCCGAUUGACUUUUUUAAGGAUGAGGCGGAUUGUAGGAUCGUUAUGAGGGAGGGAGGUCCCGAAAGGUUCUACCGUUUAGGGGCCGGUUGGGAGGCGACCCUCGUGUCCUUGUGCCUCGUGGCCUGCCGUCGGACGUUCUUGCCGCCGAUGGUUCCUUCUGGUCGAUCCGGAUGUCGUCGACUGGCGUGA